AUGGCUGCAAAGAGCGUCUUUAUUACUGGCACCACCGGUUUCAUUGGAGGUGAUGCAUUCUACGCAUUGCAUAAAGCGCAUCCUGAUUGGAAGUAUACCAUCCUUGUCCGAAGUGAGGAUAAGGGAAAGGAUGUACAGAAGCAAUAUCCCGAUGUGAAGCUGGCGAUUGGAUCAUUGGAUGACUCCAAGGUCAUUGAGAAGGCGGCUUCUGAGGCCGACAUAGUAGUUCAUACCGCUGAUAGUUCUGAUCACCAAGGAGCUGCCAAAGCUAUCGCUGCUGGUCUGCGAUCUACCCACUCGAGCUCAAACCCCGGUUAA